AUGGCGUAUGCCAGCACGUCGGCCACUUCCAUCGUCGGCUUCCCCGGUCUCAUCGCCGCCGCCUCGACCGCAGACAACGGCGUGUCGCCCUCGUCCGCCGAUCCAAGGACGUGGGGGGUGCGGUAUAAUCAACAGCAACACCCGGUUCAUGCCCCACCGCCUCUACCGCCUCGGCCACCCAGCACAAGCGACCAGCCCUAUACUCAGGCGCAACAACCCCUACCGGCAGUGGUCAACCCCGGCAGUGCUGCUCCACCUCCGCCUCCACCUCCCCCGCCGCCCGCCACCCAAGACUUCGAGGCGUUCGCAGAUGCGCGGCCACCUUCAGCAUCAAGCAUUCCACCGCCCUAUACCGCGAACACAGCAUCAGAUGUCCCGGUUCCAGUGCCGCCCCCCAAGAUCCCAGAAAAAUCCCAUCCCACCUCACCAGGGCAAGAGGCUGCCCUGGGCCAGCACCCGCUGCUUGCUCAGGUCAUCGGACCAGCCGCUACGCAGGGCUCCUAUGGGGUAUUGGGGCCGAGUGCAGUGAAGACCAAUACCGCGCCUACGGGUUCGUCGGCACUGGGUACCGGCACACCAUCUGAUUGGGAACAUUUGGGACCAACCGCCGGUGACUUUGACGACGGACCAUGGUUUCCACCUCGAAAGACGACACCUCAGCUACAGGAGCCAGCAAGUUAUACGCCUCCUGGAUACUCGGCGGGAUUCUUGGGCUCUGCGGCUCCGGUUCCGGCUGCUAUACCUCGGCCACGCGUGGAUUUACCUCCGCAUAUUCCAACGAAUAGGCACUCUCAAGUGGAUGAGCCGCGACGACACAACUCGAUGUCGCCCGUCAGUCCCGCUACCACUUACGAUGCAAACUCCCCCAACGCUCCAUUUCGGGUCGACAGCAAUAGAUCGACUGUUUCCGGCUUUGAUGACCGCGCGGAAAGUAUUGACAAUGUCAUCGACGCGUGGGCAAAGCCCUUACCUCCUCUGCCGAAUCCGGAUCAACCUGAUAUGCCCGACUCCAUACCCCAGUUGGAUUCUAUCCCCCAGUUAGAUUCUAUCCCCCAGUUAGAUUCUAUCCCCCAGUUGGAUUCUGUGCCCAAGUUGAGUUCUGUUCCCCAGCUGGAUCCUAUACCUCGACUGGAUCCCAUUUUCCAGCUUGAUCCCAUCCCUCAGAUGGAUUCCAUAAUGGAAUCCCCGAUGGAUCUGCCACCUCAGCAUGAUCGGUCAUCAACCCCGGUUCCGGUCUCCCGCCCUCCAAGGAAGACUCCGCCUCCCACCCAAGAUCAACGAUCUAUUCCAAGCCCAGCUCCCACCCAAAUAUUAGUCUCUUCUUCUUCACCUACUUCCGCUACAGAAUUUCGAUCAAGUCUAGUGGUUUCGAAGGAAUCAGACCCAUACGAGGAUCUAGACCCCUGGUUCAAAUCCUCUUUGACACGUUACGUGGGCAUGCUGCGCAAAGAGGCUGUCGCCGACUCUGAUGAGGAGCGUUACAAGAUCUUCACUACAUUUAUGGUGAAGGAGACUAAGCUGCGCGAGAUACUCUAUAAUAUCGAGCAUGAGUCUACAGAUAUUCAACCUCCACCUCGUUUCUCUCUGCUCAGACAGAAACGAUCAUCGCCGGCUUCUGAGGACCGUGAAUCAAGGAUUGAUUCAGGCUUGAUCCCUGUGGAUACAGAGGAGAUCUUAUCCCCCACAACAACGACCGCGACGGCAACGGAUGAUGGGAACGACGUUGAUGAUGGCGGGAGUGAAUACAGUUCAGGCGGACGCCCGAUCCUAGCCAAACGAGCACGUCGGGGCUCGCAGUGGCUACCGAAGCUUUCCACACUUCCUUCCGGUGGUGAAACUCCAGACCAUCCUCCAUCUCAUUCCAUGCAACUUCCAAUUGAUGAGGCUGCGCAAAAACAAGUUUUCGAACCACUUGCAACGAAUCCUCCACGGCCAAUUUAUACCCCCUUUCAGUACACUGAGGGUCCUCAACGUGGCUCGGAUAACCUCACUUUUGACCGCCCCGCCUAUCAGGCUUAUUCGGAGCUCCGACAGGCAUCUGCGGUGAGCGGGCGCUUCAUGUCGAAUACUCCGACCCCCUUGCCACGCUCACGGUCGGAGGCGUUGACCACUUCCCCGGCUGAGGAUGAACAUAAUGAGACCUUUCUUGGCCUCAUUCGCCACAAAAGCAAUGCGUAUCGCCAGGCCCUGGAACGCCCAAGCACGGUGCCGCCACUUCCGUUGCUUCCAGAAUCUCUCCGACAAGGUCGACCAACAAGCUUGGUCGAAAACCUGCGAGCCAUGGUUUGGACACCGCUCGACAAACAGUCUGAGAGCCCUUGGCACAUCACAACUCGGGGAAAUCUCGAAAAAUACUCCGAUGAUUUCUCCUAUAUUCAAGCGGCCAUCAAUCAAUGGGAAACCGCCACCCAAGAUCGCCGGCAGAGAAUGGAACAAGAGCGCACGGCUCGGCAGGAGGAUUCGGAGAUCCAGAUCGACGACCUUUUCAAUGGGAAGGAAAUUGGCUAUGCAGACAUCAACACGCUGGAAGAAGAUUUCCGGCAAACCGAGGCUCGUGUUCAGCUAGAUGAGGAGCGGCAGGAGGUAGAGGAUUUUAUCGCACAAGUGUUUAACCCGCUCGAUGAGAAGUUGAAGGAAGAGAUCUCGGUACUUCGCACUUGUUAUGACUCGGCGCUAGCCCAACUCGACCGUGACCAGAAAGGCAAAGGCUCACCCGUAGAGCAACGCAGCCCAUCUGUGACGAUGAAAAUGGUCAAUGAUAUUCAUAGUAAACUCGAGAUCCGGUUCCAGAAACGACUCGAACUCGCUUUGGAUUGCGAGCGACGCCGCAAAAAGGCCGAGCGCCGUCCGCUCGUGUUCAUGGGGGACAUGACAAGCCUUCGCAAGCUGGAUACGGACUUUGACCAGAUGGAAAAGCGGAAUAUUCUUGAGGCGGCGAAGGACCGCGACGACCGGGCCAACCGACUUAUGGAUUCGUUCGAUGAUGCGAUUCUUCACGGGCUAGGUAUGAAUCAGAGCCUCCUUGACGAGCUUGCGGCCAAAACAGCCCAGCUAGACCCCACGACCCUCCGCACUCUCGGCCUGCCCGAUUCUGAAGUCGAACAGAUUCUCAAGUCCGCGGCAACAUUUGCCGCGUCGCUUCUCGCCGAUUCCGAGGCCAUCCUGCGCAGCUCGGGACAAGCCGACCUGGCUCUCAACGAUGCCGACUACAACGUCUCCGUCGCCGAAGCGCGAUAUGGCAACUCCGAAGCGGAUAUUUUUCAUCGGCUCGAGGCUGAGAAGAAGAAGGAAGAUGUCAUCCUCCAGGGAGAAUUGGACUCCAAGUUGCAAAGCAUCCAGGAGAGUCCUCGGGAGAUCGAGAAUACCAUUCGGCGUCUCAUCGAAGACCUCGCCAACACUGCCAAGGCUCAAACUAAGGAUGCACCGCCCACUUCUCUAACCCCGAACCCAAUUGCUGCUCUCGCUACAGCAAAUUCGGCGCCAACUCGAACCCCCACUCCUCCUGCGGUUGUACCUGCUCCGGAAGAAUCAACGCCUGUAAGUGAUUCUGUCAACCCUCGUCCAUCUUUGGAGCUUCGCCCUGCAAUCACCGUCACGGAACCGAGCCCGAACCCGGAGGAUCAAGCCUCGGAUCCCGAGGCUGGACACAAGGAACGGCUACGCAAAGCGCUCGAGGAUGCAAAGAAGCGCAAUGCAGCGAAGUCCAAUCCAUAA